AUGCGGCCGCAAGGGCAAUUGCCGCCACCACAUCCGUUGCAAUUGCAACGGCCGCAGCAAGCGACCGGAGCAGAUAUGGACCCGCCCGCCAGGAUGCCGGACCCGGUGCCGUCGCCGAUACUGAAGCACUCGCCGUCCGUAUCGCGCUCGCUGCGGUCCGCGCCAGACACCUCGUCCGUCACCUUCGCGGCCGACUUCCGGUCGCCCUCCAAGCCGGAAUCCACCUCGCCGUCCUUCGACAGCUUCCGGACCGCCCGGUCCAGGCCGUCCAGCGUCUCGCGGUCGUCCACCAGGCGAUCCGCGUCCGAGCGCGCCGGCUCGCAGCGGGACCUCCGCGACGAGGACGCCCGGUUCGUCUACAUCAACGACGCGCCGCGCACCAACGCGCCGCCGGCCAUGUUCCCGGACAACUCCAUCCACACCUCCAAGUACUCCGUCCUCACCUUCAUCCCGCGCAACCUCUACGAGCAGUUCCACAGGGUGGCCUACAUCUACUUCCUCGUCCUGGCGGUGCUCAACUUCGUGCCGCAACUCCUCGUGCUCUCCAAGGAAGCGGGCGUUCUGCCGCUGGCCUUCGUGCUCGGCGUCACGGCAGUCAAGGACGCGUACGAGGACUGGAGGCGCCACCGGUCAGACAAGAACGAGAACAACCGCACGGCGUCUGUGCUCGCGGACGGCGUGUUCCGGCCGAAGCGCUGGAAGGACAUUCAGGUCGGCGACGUGGUGCGUCUCGUGGCUAACGAGACGCUGCCGUGCGACAUGGUGCUUGUGUCCACGAGCGACCCCACCGGCGUGGCCUACAUCCAGACCAUCAACCUCGACGGCGAGUCCAACCUCAAGACGCGCUACGCCAAGCAGGAAACCAUGUCCACGCCGCCGGAGGCGCUCGCCGGUGUCAUCAAGUGCGAGAAACCCAACCGCAACAUCUACGGCUUCCUCGCCACCGUGGACCUCAACGGCCGCCGCGCCAUCUCCCUCGGCGCCUCCAACGUCAUGCUCCGUGGCUGCGAGCUCAAGAAUACGGUCUGGGCCAUCGGAGUGGCGGUGUACACCGGCCGGGACACCAAGGUGGUGCUCAACAGCUCGGGUGCGCCAUCCAAGCGCAGCCGCCUCGAGACGCACAUGAACCGCGAAAUCAUCGCGCUGGCCGUGGCUCUGGUCGUUCUCUGCUCGGUGGUGUCUCUCCUCACCGGCAUCUGGAUGGGUGACCAUGUGGACCGGCUCGGCAUCAUCCCCUUUUUCCACAAAUACGACUACUCUGGGGCUGCUGAGCACGGCCACGGGAGGUACAACUGGUACGGCACGGGCGUGCAGGUGGUGUUCACGUUCAUGUCGGCGGUGAUACAGUUCCAGGUGAUGAUCCCCAUCGCGCUCAUCAUCUCCAUGGAGCUCAUCAGGGUGGGGCAGGCAUACUUCAUGGUGCAGGACGAGCACAUGUUCGACGAAAAGAGCCAGGCCAGGUUCCAAUGCCGGGCGCUCAACAUCAACGAGGACCUCGGGCAGAUCAAGUACGUCUUCUCCGACAAGACCGGCACGCUCACGCAGAAUCGGAUGGAGUUCCGCUGCGCCAGCGUGCAAGGCCGCGACUUCAGCGAGACCGACGGCGGCGAGGAGGACGGACAUGCCGUGCAAGCUGACGGCGUGGUUCUGAGACCCAAGACGGCGGUGAAUACGGACCCGAAGCUGACGGCGCUGCUCAAGGACGGGACGGGCGCCAAGGCCAGCCGCGCCCGCGACCUGUUCCUUGCGCUGGCGACCUGCAACACCAUCGUGCCCAUCGUCGAGGACACGGCGAACCCGGCGGCGAAGCUGGUGGAGUACCAGGGCGAGUCCCCCGACGAGCAGGCGCUGGUGUACGCCGCCGCGGCGUACGGGCACAAGCUCGUCGAGCGCACCUCCGGCCACAUCGUCGUCGACGUGUUCGGCGCCAGGCAAAGGUUUGACGUCCUUGGUCUUCAUGAGUUUGACAGCGACCGCAAGAGGAUGUCAGUUAUAAUUGGCUGCCCGGACAAGACUAUCAAGCUGUUUGUAAAAGGUGCAGAUAGUUCCAUGUUUGGAAUCAUCGACAAAACACUGAAUCCAGAUGUUGUCCAGGCAACUGAGAAACAUCUCCAUUCAUAUUCGUCAGUCGGCCUGCGAACCCUCGUCAUCGGCGUGCGGGAACUUAGCCAGUCAGAGUUUCAGGAGUGGCAAAUGGCUUACGAGAAGGCUAGCACUGCAUUAUUAGGCAGAGGCAAUCUCCUACGCAGUGUGGCCGCCAACAUUGAAAGGAACAUGCGCCUGCUGGGAGCCUCCGGUGUCGAAGACAAGCUGCAAGAUGGAGUUCCUGAAGCAAUUGAAAAACUAAGGGAAGCAGGGAUUAAGGUUUGGGUUCUGACAGGUGACAAACAAGAAACUGCCAUCUCCAUUGGCUAUUCCUGCAAGCUUUUGACAAGGGACAUGACACAGAUUGUGAUCAACAGUAAUUCAAGAGAGUCGUGCAGAAAAAGUUUGGAUGAUGCAAUCUCCAUGGUAAACAAACUCCGGUCACUGUCUACAGACUCCCAAUCUAGAGUUCCCCUCGCUUUGAUCAUUGACGGUAACAGUCUCGUCUACAUUUUUGACACAGAACGGGAGGAGAAGCUUUUUGAAGUCGCGAUAGCAUGCGAUGUUGUUCUAUGUUGUCGAGUGGCUCCUCUACAGAAGGCUGGGAUUGUUGAUUUAAUAAAGAAGCGAACAAGUGACAUGACUCUAGCUAUUGGAGAUGGUGCAAAUGAUGUAUCCAUGAUCCAAAUGGCCGAUGUUGGCAUUGGCAUCAGUGGUCAAGAAGGAAGGCAAGCUGUGAUGGCUUCAGAUUUUGCCAUGGGGCAAUUUAGAUUUUUGGUCCCACUGUUGUUAGUUCAUGGCCACUGGAACUACCAGAGAAUGAGCUACAUGAUCCUAUACAACUUUUACAGAAAUGCUACUUUUGUCUUUGUGCUUUUCUGGUAUGUACUUUACACUGGUUAUACCCUGUCAACAGCAAUAAAUGAGUGGAGCAGUGUGUUAUACUCUGUGGUCUAUACCUCUGCGCCGACUGUCAUUGUCGCCAUUCUCGACAAGGAUCUGAGUCGAAGGACAUUGCUGAAAUAUCCCCAACUCUACGGUGCGGGGCAGCGCGAGGAGAGUUACAACCUAAGACUGUUCAUUUUCAUCAUGGUGGACUCCGUUUGGCAGAGCCUCGCAGUUUUCUUCAUCCCUUACGCCGCAUACAAAAACAGCGCAAUCGACAGCGCUAGCCUGGGAGACCUGUGGACACUGUCUGUUGUCAUUCUUGUCAACAUUCACCUUGCCAUGGAUGUCAUCAGAUGGACUUGGAUCACUCAUGCAGCAAUAUGGGGCAGUAUUGUGGCGACAUGGAUUUGCGUCAUCAUCAUAGACUCCAUACCCACCUUGCCCGGUUUCUGGGCAAUCUACGAGGUGAUGGGAACUGCAUUGUUCUGGGCGUUGCUUCUUGCGGUGAUUGUGGUUGGAAUGAUCCCUCAUUUUGCCGCAAAGGCCAUCAGGGAACAUUUCAUGCCCAAUGACAUCCAGAUUGCCAGAGAGAUGGAGAAGUCACAAGAUUCUCGUGAUGUUAAUCAUCCAGAAGUCCAGAUGAGUACAUCCACUCGAGCUUAG